AUGCCUGAACCAACUAAGGAGAUGUGGAUUGAAAUAGCAAACACAUUUCACACAAAAACAAAUUUUCCUAACUGCCUUGGAGCGAUUGAUGGCAAACAUAUCAGAUGCAAGAACCCCAAAAAUGCUGGAUCUCUAUAUUUUAAUUACAAGAAGUUUUUUUCAAUUGUUUUGAUGGCAGCCGUUGAUGCAAAUCUUAGUUUCAUAGCUAUAGACGUUGGAGCGUAUGGCAAAGAAGGCGAUUCAAAUGUCUUCAGAGAAAGUGCUUUAGGGGUGAAACUCUAUUCACAGCAGCUUAAGCUUCCAGAUCCAGCAAAUUUACCAGAUGACAUUAAUAAUCCACAACCUUUUGUAUUCAUUGGAGAUGAAGCAUUUGCUCUUCAUACCAAUCUUUUAAGGCCAUACCCAGGACGUGGUUUAACUUUAACACGUAAGGUAUUCAAUUACAGACUCUCUCGGGCCAGACGGACCGUAGAAUGCGCUUUUGGAGUUUUAGCGAAUAAAAGAAGGGAUGGUUUUAAUUAUGAAGACAAUAAUGCUGAAACAAAUUCUAUGGAUGAUAUUGUAUCUGUUGGAACAGGAGCUCGAACACAAGGUACACAAGUCAGGGAUUACUUUGCAAAUUAUUUUAUGGGUCCAGGAGCUGUACCAUUUCAAUUUGCAAAUAUAUAA